CGGUGGCGAACGGGCUUCAGAUGCUUCUGGGUCGCGGUGGGAAAGGUGUUCGUUCCUUGUGUGUGAGCUUGAGGCCGAGCGCUAGAGCGACCCGGCGAAGGAUGGCGGCCACCGGGACCGCGGCCGCCACGGCCACGGGCAGGUUCCUGGUCCUGCUGCUGCUCGGGCUCACGGCACCCGCCGCGGCGCUGGCCGGCUACAUCGAGGCUCUUGCAGCCAAUGCCGGAACAGGAUUUGCUGUCGCCGAGCCUCAGAUUGCAAUGUUUUGUGGGGAGCUAAAUAUGCAUGUGAACAUUCAGACUGGGAAAUGGGAACCUGACCCAACAGGCACUAAGAGCUGCUUUGGAACAAAAGAAGAAGUUCUGCAGUACUGUCAGGAGAUGUAUCCAGAGCUACAGAUCACCAAUGUGAUGGAAGCCAACCAGCCUGUGAGUGUGGACAAUUGGUGCCGGAGGGACAAAAAACAGUGCAAGAGCCGCAUUGUGAUCCCUUUCAAGUGUCUUGUGGGUGAAUUUGUAAGUGACGUUCUGUUAGUCCCGGAGAAGUGCCAGUUUUUCCACAAAGAGCGGAUGGAGGUGUGCGAGAACCACCAGCAUUGGCACACGGUUGUCAAAGAGGCCUGUCUGACUCAGGGCAUGACUUUGUACAGCUACGGCAUGCUGCUGCCCUGUGGCGUAGAUCAGUUCCACGGCACUGAGUACGUGUGCUGCCCUCAAACAAAGGUCGUCCAGUCUGCUGUGUCCAAAGAAGAGGAAGAGGAGGAGGAGGGAGAGGAGGAGGAGGAGGGAGAGGAGGAUGAAGAGGACGACUAUGAUAUUUUUAAAAGCGAAUUUCCUACGGAAGCUGACUUGGAAGACUUCACAGAGACUGCUGUGGAUGAAGAUGGCGAGGAUGAGGAGGAAGAGGAGGAAGUGGUGGAAGAUCGCGAUUAUUACUACGACAACUUUAAAGGAGAUGACUACAAUGAAGAAAACCCAACAGAACCCAGCAACGAUGGGACCAUUUCAGAAAAGGAAAUUACUCACGAUGUGAAAGCUGUCUGCUCCCAGGAGGCGAUGACGGGGCCCUGCCGGGCCGUGAUGCCCCGUUGGUACUUCGACCUCUCCAAGGGGAAGUGCGUGCGCUUUAUAUAUGGCGGCUGCGGAGGCAACAGGAACAAUUUUGAGUCUGAGGAUUAUUGUAUGGCUGUGUGUAAAACGAUGAUUCCCCCAACUCCUCUGCCAACCAACGACGUCGAUGUGUAUUUCGAGACCUCUGCGGAUGACAAUGAACAUGCUCGCUUCCAGAAGGCCAAGGAGCAGCUGGAAAUUCGCCACCGCAACCGGAUGGACAGGGUAAAGAAGGAAUGGGAAGAGGCUGAGCUUCAAGCGAAGAACCUCCCUAAAGCAGAGAGGCAGACCCUGAUCCAGCACUUCCAAGCUAUGGUGAAAGCUUUAGAGAAAGAAGCGGCCAGCGAGAAGCAGCAGCUGGUGGAAACCCACCUAGCUCGAGUGGAAGCUAUGCUGAAUGACCGCCGCCGCGUGGCUUUGGAGAACUACCUGGCCGCCCUGCAGUCUGACCCUCCGCGGCCUCAUCGCAUUCUCCAGGCCUUACGGCGUUACGUCCGCGCUGAGAACAAAGACCGCCUGCACACCAUCCGCCACUACCAGCACGUGCUUGCUGUCGACCCGGAAAAGGCGGCCCAGAUGAAAUCCCAGGUGAUGACGCAUCUCCAUGUGAUUGAAGAAAGAAGGAACCAGAGCCUUUCUCUGCUCUACAAAGUACCUUAUGUAGCCCAAGAAAUCCAAGAGGAAAUUGAUGAGCUACUUCAAGAACAGCGUGCAGACAUGGACCAGUUCACUUCCUCUAUCUCAGAGGCCCCCGUGGACGUCCGGGUGAGCUCUGAAGAGAGUGAUGAGAUCCCGCCAUUCCACCCCUUCCAUCCCUUCCCGUCCUUACCUGAGAGUGAAGACACCCAGCCGGAGUUGUACCACCCAAUGAAAAAAGGCUCUGGGUUGGGCGAGCAGGACGGAGGACUGAUAGGUGCUGAGGAGAAGGUGAUUAACAGUAAGAAUAAAGUGGAUGAAAACAUGGUCAUUGACGAGACUCUGGAUGUUAAGGAAAUGAUUUUUAAUUCUGAGAGAGUUGGAGGCCUUGAGGAAGAGCCGGAAUCCGUGGGGUCACUGCGAGAAGACUUCAGUCUGAGCAGCAGUGCCCUCAUCGGCCUGUUGGUCAUUGCAGUGGCCAUUGCUACGGUCAUAGUCAUCAGCCUGGUGAUGCUGAGGAAGAGGCAGUAUGGCACCAUCAGCCAUGGGAUCGUGGAGGUCGACCCCAUGCUCACCCCCGAAGAGCGUCACCUGAACAAGAUGCAGAACCAUGGUUACGAAAACCCGACCUACAAAUAUCUUGAGCAGAUGCAGGUGUAAUGGGAGAAGGUGCACCUCCUCCCUCCCCCACUUUAGUGGGGGGGCGCAGCGGGCCAGAGGGGUCCCGCGUUUUGGAUCGACUGCUGACCAACAGUUACUUCCAGAGGAUUCCACCUUACAUUCAGACCUCUUGGAUCAUUAAGACUGUAAAGUACUACUGUAGAAUCACAAUUUCCAUUCUUUUAAAUGGGUGAAAAAAAUGUUAAUAUAACAAUAUAUGAUAUAUAAACCUUAAAUGAGAAAAUGAUCUAUUGCAGAUAUUUGACUGAUGUAGUUUUCUUUUUUAAAUGAAUCGGCAUCCCACUUCUAUUGUAUUGUCUUACACAAGCUCUCUGUAGACAUGGAAAUGUCCAUUUGCAAUGAUAGGCUGUCUGUGCAGGUCGUUUGUUCCAGUUACAUUGUGUAAAUCGGCUAAGGCUCAUUCACUGUCCUGGUUUUUAUUUAAAAAAUUAAAUAAAUAAAAAGGCAGUAUUUCCUUUCUAAAUGAGCUCGCAGAAAGUGGCUGAGAAACUGAGUGAAGUAGGGAACUGUAAGACCAUUGAAGCACAUCUUGAUACCCUCUCAAAAUUACUUCAAAGGACCAGCUUCUUGGAGGUCUGGUGUUCCCGCUGCCGGGAGCCUUGGUGUCCCCACACGAGCCCUGUCACCAAGGCGGGUGAAAGCUUUUGUGUCCCAGCAGCUUAGCCUAACGUAUACAGAGUAGGGCGCCCACUACCGCUCUCCUUCUACGGCCAGUUCUUCCACAGGCAUUAGCCACUAGUUUGUACAUGACCUUCCUCACUGUCCGCCUCUACUUACUGCGGCGUUUCACAGCCCACGUCCCUCCCCAGUAGUGUCCGAAUGUGCUGGCUCUGCCUCCGUGGACGUUUGCCUCUGACGGCACCGCUCCUCGCCCCUCCCCGUUGCACCUUGACUUCCCUGCACUCCCUCUCCCGUCACCAGCCUCGUUAGCGUUCACUCAAGACUACAGUUGCGGGGGGCCAGCGGCCCAGGAGAGACCGUGGGAGGCUUGCUUCACGUGGAAGGAGGACGCUGGAAUGGCCUGUAGACACCACGCAAAGCGCUGAAGACCUUGUUUCCUUCACACGAAUCUUUGUGAUGCCUGUAUAGUUGAUGUUGAUGCUCACAGCUUUUGCUUUUUUUUAUUCUGAAGGUUCUGGUAACCUGUGGUGUAUUUUUUUUUUCUAUUUCCCUGUGACUGUUUGGUUUUGUUUCUUUUCCCCUCCCUUUCCCUUAUCCAUGUCUCUUUAUCCAUAGUCACCCACUAUGCACAGAUAAAUUUCACCUACAAACUCCUUAAUCUGAUCUGUGGAGAAUGUACAGACUUUAAACACAUCAAUAAAUACUUUAACUUCCA